UACACACCGGUGAAGUCCACACACAAGCAACUUACCACAAUCUUAUUCAAAGAGACUGAAAAUGUGCAAGACAACCAGCAAAGGAAGUGAUUCUGUGAGGAACAAAACAUACAAAAAAGUAACAGCGUAUUUGGUGCUGCAGUGCGUUCUCCUGCUGGAGGCCAUUAUAUUGCUGAGGAUUGAGCACAAAACUAAGGCUGACAUAUACGAAAACGGUGAGGAAAACAUUGCAAACCAAAAGAACGCUUUACGUAACGAAAUCGAAACCUUGGUAACAAAAAAAGAUGGAUUACAGCAAGAAAACAACAAUGGAAAUAAGAAAAAACAACAGUUAAAAGAAGAGGAAAAAGCACUGUUGAAACAUCUUCAUGUAAUGGAUGGAUGGAUGUGCUAUCAAUCUGGUUUUUACUACAUGUCCACUGAGAUGAAAACAUGGAUUGAGAGUAAAAAAGACUGUGAAAAAAGAAGAGCAAGUCUGAUGAUUAUAAACAGCAAAGAGGAACAUGAGUUUUUUAAAUCUGAUGCUAAUGUCUGGAUUGGUCUAUCUGACAAUAAUAAAGAGAGGAAAUGGAAAUGGGUAGAUGGCAGCGAACUGGCCACUGGUUUCAGCUCCUGGGGCCCUGGAGAACCAAGUAGACUUCAAGAAGAGAGCUGUGCUGCAUCAUUUUCAGCAGAAUUGUAUGAUUUUUCAUGCAACGAGACUUUUAAUUGGAUUUGUGAGAGAAAACAAUCCUAAAAGCUGUCAUUUGUGAGCUAAAAGUAGGAAGUUGGUAAAAACAAAGAUGUAUUUAGCUAGAAAUAUAUGCAUACAUAUAGUUGUAUACCUUUGUUGUGAGCCAUA